UAAUUUAUAGGGAAAUAAGUAUGCAUACAACCUUGUCAUUUGAGUAUAUAAAAGUCAACGGCAUAUUUUCCAUUGUAGCUAUCUAUCUUAUUUCACCAUGGAUGAAGAAAAGGCACUUCACAUAGUAAUGUUUCCAUGGCUAGCCUUUGGUCACAUGAUCCCAUACCUUGAAGUGGCCAAACUUAUAGCACAAAAGGGUCACCAAGUUAGCUAUGUUUCUACCCCAAGAAACAUACAACGCCUCCCUCAACUACCACCAAACGUUGCUCCUCUCAUCAAAUUUGUGAGUCUUCCAAUGCCUAAAGUUGAUAAUCUUCCAGAAAAUGCAGAGGCCACUACAGAUGUCUCAUGGGAUGUAUUUCAAUACCUUAAAGAUGCAUUUGACAAGCUGGAACAACCUUUGACCAAUUUUCUUGAAUCUUCUGAUGCUGAUUGGAUCUUGCAUGAUUUUGCUCCUUUUUGGUUGGGUCCUGUGGCAACAAAAAUUGGUAUAAAAUGUGUUUUUUUCAACAUUACUACUCCGCCAAAUCUUGCCUUCUUAGGCCCCAUUUCAGUUCUUACGGGUAAAGAGAAAGAUCCUCGAACAAAGCUGGAGGACUACACGGCUCCACCACCGUGGAUUCCAUUUAAUACUACAGUGGCAUACAAAUACUUUGAGAUUAAGAAGAACGCGGAAGUUUUCUCCAAAAAGGACUCAGGUGUUUCUGAAAUGCAUCGUGUUAGUUCUUGUGUUCAAAACUGCGACACCAUUUUGAUUCGUGGUUGUACUGAAUUUGAACCUGAGUGGUUUGAACUCCUCCAAAACCUUCUCCAGAAACCAGUUCUACCUGCCGGUCAACUCCCUAGCACAGGGUUUAACUUUGUUGAUGAAAAUGACACAUGGCAAGGGAUCAAGAAGUGGUUAGACAACCAACCUCAUGGCUCAGUGGUAUAUGUGGCUUUUGGUAGCGAAGCAACACCGAGUCAAGAAGAAGUCAAUGAGAUAGCUUUAGGAUUGGAGAAGUCGAAUCUUCCAUUCUUUUGGGUCCUUAGGGCUCAACAUGGGCGUAAAGACAAGGCGGUGUUACAAUUGCCGGAAGGAUUUGAGGAUCGCACCAAAGGGCGCGGAGUUGUAUGCACUGAUUGGGCUCCGCAAAUGAAGAUAUUAGGGCACAUGGCAAUUGGUGUGUUCUUUUCUCACGCAGGUUGGACAUCAGUGGUGGAAGCAGUUCAAAACGAGAAGCCACUUGUGUUGAUGACAUUUCUUGUAGACCAGGGAAUAAAUGCGAAGGUGUUGGAAGAAAAGAAGAUGGCAUACACGGUGCCUAGAGAUGAGCAAGAUGGGUCAUUCACAAGUGACUCAGUGGCUCGCACAAUUAGACUAGUUAUGCUUGAAGAAGAAGGGAGGAUAUAUAGGGAAAAUAUUAAAGAGGUGAAGGACUUGUUUGUCAAUAUUGAAAGACAAGAUAGAUAUAUUGACAACUUGUUAGACCACCUUAAAAGUCGUUUGGAACGUUGAUCACAAUGCUGAUUUAGAAUUUACCAUUUUCAUAAUUUUAUUAUUACGCAAUAUGUUUUGUUAUGUGCUUUUUUAUUGUGAUUUUGUGAUGUAUUGUGAUUGUUCAACUGUGUUAUAUGUAUGCUAUUUGAAUGCUUGUUGUCAUUGAGUAUUUGAAUGAAAACAGCCUUUUAAACGUGAUUUUUAUAGA